UUUCCCCCUACCCCUCAGGGUCUAUAAAUUAGGUGCGACUCCCUCUCAGUUUUCUUCACAACUCUGCUUCACUCCCCAUUUCUCUCUUCUGCUCAUUCCUUUGACUCCUCAUUAUCAGGGAAAUGGCUCUCACUGGGUUACUCUUGUUGGCCUUUCUCACGAUGUUCUCCUCUGCUCAUGCCUAUGGUGGAGGGUGGACUAAUGCUCAUGCCACAUUCUAUGGAGGGAGUGAUGCAUCUGGGACAAUGGGUGGGGCAUGUGGGUAUGGGAACCUCUACAGCCAAGGGUAUGGAACAAACACUGCUGCUCUGAGCACUGCACUCUUCAACAAUGGCUUGAGCUGUGGCUCUUGCUAUGAGAUUAGGUGUGCCAAUGACCACAGGUGGUGUCUCCCAGGCUCCAUUGUGGUCACUGCCACCAAUUUCUGUCCACCAAACAAUGCCUUACCCAACGACAAUGGUGGCUGGUGCAACCCGCCUCUCCAACACUUUGACCUAGCUCAACCUGUCUUCCUACGCAUUGCUCAAUACAAAGCUGGAAUUGUUCCCGUGUCCUUCAGAAGGGUGGCCUGCAGGAGAAAGGGAGGGAUCAGGUUCACAAUCAAUGGACACUCCUACUUCAACCUAGUUCUCAUCACAAACGUUGGUGGUGCUGGUGAUGUGCAUUCUGUUUCCAUCAAGGGUUCAAGAACUGGUUGGAUGCCAAUGUCAAGGAACUGGGGUCAGAACUGGCAAAGCAACAACUACCUUAAUGGUCAGAGCCUCUCCUUCAAGGUCACAACAAGUGAUGGCAGAACUGUGGCAUCCAACAAUGUUGCCCCAUCUGGCUGGUCCUUUGGUCAAACCUACACUGGUGCUCAAUUCCGCUAGAUCUUGUUGUCACACGCAUACCAGUAGUGCUAUAUAGUAUAAUAGAUAUAUAGUAUUAUGUUCUAGGAGUAUUAUUAUUUUUAUGACUGGUUAGUGUACUAGGGUAUUAGAUAGUAUGCUACUAGGUGAAGGGUAAGUUUUUUUGGUGAUUUUAGAGGCCAGGGAAUUAAGAUCUAAGAAGGGGCAUGUUUUAAAUUGCUCCUUCAUUUUAAUUUUAAUUUCUCGUGUCAACAAGUGGGGACCUAAUUUUUUAGGCCCCUCUUGAUUACUGGGGUGGAUUACUCUUUUCACUUUUUCUAAAGUUUUUUUUUUAACCUUCUUGUGGAGAGAAGAAGCUAGUGACAGUGGACUUUUUAAUUAGUUUUUACUAUGGGUGAGCUACUAAAUUGGAAGAGGUGGACUUUGUUGUGACCACCCGCCAAUUAGUAUUGGGAUAGUCUUAUUUCAAUCUGGAAGUGUUACUAGUGUUGUUGUUUUUGAUUACUGAUCCCCUUUUGUAAUCAGCCUUGGCUGUGUAUGUCUUCGGUUUGUGGAGACUGAAUGUAAAUUUUCCUAAUGGAAAGUUACAGCAAUUACUAGUAGUACUACCUCGUCUUUGUUUA